CACGCCUCCGUCCUUUCACUUGUCAGUGCAUCUAUAACAGUGAGCUGUCUGCACUGGGCAGCGCGGGGGAGAGACUCGCUCCUGACUCUGCCGGCGCAGGGACCGGAUCCCAGCGAACCAGACAGCACCGGAACUGCUGGACGACGCGGAACAGACUGACCAAGGAAGCUCCAGGCUCCAGUGUGUGACACCCAGCACUGAGGGGUUGACCGCCGGCUAGCAAAAUGGCGGGGUGGGGGCUCUCCGCCCCUUUCCCACUUCUCCUGCUCCUUCUUGUCCUGGUGGGAGUGCUUCCUGAGGCCCAUGGCUCCGGGUACCUGUCCGGCUAUCGCCUCAGGUCUCGUCUUCAGAGGGACCGCCACGUCCGCAACGUCAAACCCAACAUCAUCCUCAUCCUCACCGACGAUCAGGACAUAGAAUUGGGCUCCAUGCAAGCCAUGAACAAAACCCGGCACAUCAUGGAGAAGGGCGGCACGCACUUCUCGAACGCCUUCUCCACCACGCCCAUGUGCUGCCCGUCGCGCUCCUCCAUACUGACGGGAAAGUACGUGCACAACCACCACACCUACACCAACAACGAGAACUGCUCCUCGCCCUCGUGGCAGGCCCACCACGAGCCGCACACCUUCGCCGUGCACCUCAACAACUCCGGGUACCGAACCGCUUUUUUUGGGAAAUAUCUGAACGAGUACAACGGCUCGUACGUCCCCCCUGGCUGGAAGGAAUGGGUGGCGCUGGUGAAAAACUCGCGCUUCUACAACUACACCCUGUGCAGAAACGGAGUACGGGAGAAACACAGCAGCGACUAUCGAAGGGACUACCUGACAGACAUCAUCACCAACGACAGCGUCAACUACUUCCGCAUGUCGAAGCGGAUGUACCCCAACCGCCCCGUCAUGAUGGUCCUGAGCCACGUCGCUCCGCACGGUCCAGAGGACUCCGCUCCCCAGUACAGCGCCGCGUUCUCCAACGCAUCACAGCACAUAACUGCUAGCUACAACUACGCCCCCAACCCUGACAAACACUGGAUCCUGCGCUACACGGGACCCAUGAAACCGAUCCACAUGCAGUUCACGAACAUGCUGCAGCGCAGACGACUGCAGACCCUGCUGUCCGUGGACGACAGUGUGGAAAAGGUGUACAACAUGUUGGUGGAGACAGGGGAAGUAGACAACACCUACCUCAUUUACACCUCGGACCACGGGUACCACAUUGGACAGUUUGGUUUGGUCAAGGGCAAGUCAAUGCCGUAUGAGUUUGACAUCCGUGUUCCCUUCUAUGUACGAGGACCUAAUGUGGAGCAAGGUGCCGUUAAUUCUCAUGUGGUGCUUAACAUUGACUUGGCACCAACUAUGCUGGACAUGGCCGGGGUUGAUAUCCCUGCAGAAAUGGAUGGCAAGUCUAUCCUCAAGCUGCUGGACACAGACCGGCCAGUCAAUAGGUUUCAGCUGAGCAAGAAGGGUAAAACCUGGAGAGAUUCUUUCCUGGUGGAGAGAGGGAAACCUCCGCACAAGAGAGCAGAUGGGAAGGAAAUGGAACAAGAAGAGAACUUCCUGCCAAAAUACCAACGGGUCAAAGACCUUUGCCAGAAGGCGGAGUAUCAGACCUCCUGCCAGCAGCCGGCACAGAAGUGGCAGUGCGUGGAGGACCCGACUGGCAAGCUGAGGCUGUAUAAGUGCAAGGGCAUGGCUGGUCUCUAUGCCCCACGUAUGCAGGCUCUGAUGGCCAGCAGUGCCUCCCAGCUGUCUCUCCCAUCCAACUCAGACAGCUGUGACUGUGGAGAUGUGGGAUUCAAAACGUCCAUCCUGAAGAGGAAGAGGCUGCUCACCAAGAAAAAUUCCUCUGUCUCGUCUUAUUCAGAGGUGAAAUCCAGAAACCCCGUCUCUAGGAAGCGCUGGUCUCGCUCUGUGUCCUUUGAGCUGGACGGCGACCUGUACGCCGUGGACCUGGAGGACGGCUACCGGCCCAUAGGCUCCAGGAACGGCAGCUGGACCCGAGACCGGAGGAGAGGAGUGGGAUACGAGGAGGAGAAUGAAGAGUUCAGUGGCAUGGGAGUCACACCCAGACCCACUGCCAGCCACAAGGUCACACCACCCGCUGCUCUCAAAGUCACCUACAGGUGCUCUAUUCUUAUGAAUGACACGGUGAAGUGUGAUGGAGGACUCUACAAGUCCCUUCAAGCAUGGAAAGACCACAAACUACACAUUGAGCAUGAGAUUGAAACCCUACAGACCAAAAUCAAGAACUUGCGCGAGGUUAAAGGUCAUCUGAAAAAGGUGCGGCCGGAGGAAUGUCAGUGCAACGCUCCGAGUUAUCUGGUUAAGAAUGAGGAGGCCUUCAGGCUCAAUGUCGAACGGAUGCACUCACUCAGGAUCCCGUCCAAGCAGAAGAGCGAGAAGGAGCAGAAGCGCAGGAAGAAGCUGCGCAAAUUCCUCAAGAGGCUCCAGAACAACGACACCUGCAGCAUGCCGGGCCUGACCUGCUUCACCCACGACAACCACCACUGGCAGACGGCCCCCUUCUGGACAAUGGGUCCAUUUUGUGCAUGCACCAGUGCCAACAACAACACGUACUGGUGCCUAAGGACCAUCAAUGACACACACAACUUCCUGUUCUGUGAAUUUGCCACCGGUUUCCUGGAAUAUUUUGACAUUAACACUGACCCAUACCAGCUGAUAAAUGCUGUCAGCUCCCUCGACCGCAAUGCGCUGAAUGCAAUGCAUCAACAGCUCAUGGAUUUAAGGGGCUGCAAGGGACACAAGCAAUGCAACCUGGAGAGGGGAGGAAAGGAGCGAAACUACUUCAGUGAAUACAGGCCAGUUCAUCGUCGAAAGAAGCCAAAAGUGAAGAAACCCUCCUCCAAAUCGCUAGGGCAGAUUUGGGAAGGAUGGGUUGGUUAACAACCUCCAGCCCACUGUCGCCAUGACAAACGGAGAACGAGGAGCGCGAGCAUAUCCAAGGACCUGGACCACACUUCGAUGGACCGUUACCUGAGAUACUACUCUUCUCUAAUCUGGGUUUUAAGUUUUGAAAGAGCUGCUCAGGAGGAGAUGAGAUGUUAAGACUUAGAGGAUCCAUGAAGACUCUCCAAGUGUUAAUUAUCCCAUUGCACACAUUUCACAUCCAUUUGCUUUUUUCAUGUCACAUAGGAUUGGGGGGGGGCAUGAGUUCCAUGUCAAUCCUGCUGCUACAUGGCCUCAUAAUGUCUCUGUGCCACAUGCAAAACCAUUAGUACUUUGUACAAGAAACACUUUCUUCCUCUGCACCAGUUUGUCUGCACAUCAAAGUGACAUGGACUUUGAAGAGACCCGUGGCACAAACUCUUGGCGAUAAUCUUUUGUAUUAUAGUAUAAUCUUAACGCUGAUGAAUGUCCUUGACGAAGCAUAACUGUCCUCAAAGCUGUGAGCAGUGAGAUGACGGAGUUUGCCUGCUGAUUCGACCCCCUACGCCGUCAGCCAGCGGGCCUCCACUAACCCCGAUCCCACAGUGACGUAAUCAAAAUACCCUGGAUAUGUGAUCACAGACAGCGUCAUUAGUGAAUGCCAUUACUCCUUAGUAGCACACUGUAGAAGAACCCAGUUUGUUCAGCUUGCUAUACAUGGUGCUACAGGUUAACAAUACAGAAGGAAAAUCUUACUGUACAGUAUGUAUUUGAAUGUAUGUUGUGCAAUUAAUAUGUUUACAAUAUUUUUUAUAAUACUGAAGAGGCAGACCUCAUUGUAUGAUAUGAUUUGACAAAUGAUGUUAUAGGGAGUAAUAUAGCUUGAGAUAUUUCAACGGCUGCAGUAUGUUUGUCAGUCUUCUUCUUUUCAUCUGGAAAGCACUUAAAGGGUUCACUGUGAAGACAUGCGCCAUUUACAUUCAGUGGAUACAUAUAGUUUACUCUGCAAGCAGAGGGACAACACACAACAGUGUAAUACUUAUCGGUGUGACUUAUAGAUACCUGCCUUUGUUAGCUCCUCUGAUUUAGCCAAUAUUUCCAUAGAUCUGAGUACUGAUAGUAACUGUGAAUAAAUUGUUUCAACAUGA